AUGCCGUUCAAAGAGGAGGCUGAUGAGUUUCCGAACACAGAGACAGCUCUGUCACAGGCUUGGGAAGGGACGCUCUUCGACGCGGUCAAACAAGAAGAUGAAGCAGACGCCACUCUGUCAGGUAAUGCUUUGUGUGUUGUUAUUUAUUAUUUAAGGCAUCUACACUUUAGCAUGAGGGGAAAAACUUCUCCCUAACCACUUUCUUCACACCAUGCAAAAUUUUAUAGACCUUUCUUCCUAUAUACAUAAAAAGGUAAGGCUAUCGUCACGCUGCAGUUUGCGUAACUGCCAAUAGGGAGAACUUCACAACUAUAAAGCCACCAACUUUUUAACAUUUCCUCUUAGGAGAGUUUCAUGAGCCUGCUCAUCAUUUGGGUUGCCCUUUACUGCAGCUUCUCCCUUUUUGAGAUUUUCUUAUUUAUUCUUCCUGGGGGAUGAGCCAAACUGAUGUUAAGAUGCUUUUCUUGCUCCAGGAGGUGAUGAGAAGCCUGCGGAGUGGCAGACGAGUCGGCCGGAGAAUUCUGGGGAACUGGAAUUGUGUGGCGUUUGGGGCAAACAACACAUUUUGUGCUGUCUGGAUCAGCACAGGACAGCCCCUGAGAGCCAACAGAUGAGUUAUCCAGGAGGGGACAAAUUAUUUCAGCCCAGCCUUCUGGCACUUGAGAACCCCUGGCCAGGAGAGAAGCAGUAUAAAUGCCCCGUCUGUGAGAAAAACUUUAAACACAAGUCGACGCUGACAGUGCACAAGAGGACGCAUACGGGAGAGAGACCCUACCGAUGCUCCCGCUGCGAGAAGAGCUUCAUUCAGCGAUCCACCCUCAUUGUCCACGAGAGGACCCACACGGGGGAAAGGCCCUACAGAUGCUCAGACUGCGGGAAGAGCUUCAACGAGAGGUCCAUCCUUGUCAAGCACAAGAGGACCCACAUGGGCGAGAGGCCCUACAAAUGUGUGGACUGCGAGAAAAGCUACAAGCAGCUCUCGGCCCUCGCCGCACACGAAAGGACCCACACAGGGGAGAGGCCCUACAAAUGCCCCGAGUGCGGGAAAAGCUUCACCCGCAGCUCGUUCCUCAUUACGCACAAGAGGACCCACACGGGAGAGAAGCCAUACGCGUGCACAAACUGUCGGAAAAGCUUCAGCCAGCGACCGCACCUGGUUAUCCACGAGAGGACUCAUUCAGGAGGGGGGCUUCUUUAG